UGUGCUGUAUGUAUCAACAGGCAGAUUGCUGCUUUCUUAUCUAUCUAGUAGGACGAAGAUGUCUGACAAAAGCGACCUGAAAGCUGAGCUGGAGCGAAAGAAACAGAGGCUAGCUCAAAUACGAGAGGAGAAGAAGAGAAAGGAGGAGGAGAGGAAAAAGAAAGAGUCUGAGAGUCUGCAGCAGAAAACAGAGAAUGUCUCUGAAGAUUCUGACUUGGACCGCAAACGAAGAGAGACGGAGGCGCUGCUGCAGAGUAUUGGGAUCUCACCAGAACCACCAUUAGUGCAGCCUCUGCAGCUCUUAACAUGGGAUACCUGUUAUUUUCAUUAUUUAGUCCCAACCCCUAUGUCUCCCUCUUCACAAUCAGUGAGCACCACCAGUGAUGCUGGCAGCCAGGAGUCCGUAGAUGGGGGGACAGUGGGAAGGACCCUGCAGUGGGACACGGACCCCUCUGCUCUCCAGCUGCAGGCAGACUCUGAGCUGGGGCGCAGGAUGCACAGACUUGGAGCGUCAAAAAUAGUACAGAUUGACUUCGUUCCCAAAGAGCUUGUGACCUACACUAAAGAGACCCAGACUCCUUCAGCAGCACAUCAAUCUGAAGAAGAAGAAGAGGAUGAGGAGAGCAGUGAGCCUAAAGCUUCCCCUCAGACUGACCAGCCGGAGGAGGAAGGAGAGGCGGAGGACAGUAAAGAGGCCCAUCCCAGAGAGCUGACGGAGGAGGAGAGGGAACAGAUUCUCCACUCAGAGGACUUCCUGGUGUUCUUUGAGCGGUCGGUCUCUGUGGUGGAGCGGGCGCUGGCCGAGGAGGGAGACAUCUUCUUCGACUACAGCGGCCGGGACCUGGAGGACAAAGAAGGGGACAUGCAAGGUGGAUCCAAUCUGUCUUUCAACCGUGUGUUCCAUGACGAUCACUGGUCCAAACACCGAGUAGUCACCUGCUUAGACUGGUCCCCACAGUACCCUGAACUGAUGGUGGCCUCUUACAACAGCAACGAGGAUGCUCCACACGAGCCUGAUGGGAUAGCGCUGGUGUGGAACAUGAAGUUCAAGAAGACCACUCCAGAGUAUACAUUUCACUGCCAGUCGUCAGUGAUGUCUGUGGGCUUUGCUCAGUUCCAUCCUAACCUGGUGGUGGGGGGAACGUACUCAGGACAGAUUGUGUUGUGGGAUAACCGUAGUCACAGGAGGACCCCCGUCCAGAGGACCCCCCUGUCUGCUGCGGCACACACUCACCCAGUGUACUGUGUGAACGUGGUGGGUACCCAGAACGCCAACAACCUGAUAACAGUGUCUACUGAUGGGAAGAUGUGCUCCUGGAGUCUAGACAUGCUCUCUCAGCCUCAGGAGAGUAUGGAGCUGGUCUACAAUAAGUCCAAGCCCGUAGCAGUAACAGGAAUGGCCUUCCCUGCCGGAGAUGUUAACAACUACGUGGUGGGAAGCGAGGAAGGGAUGGUGUACUCUGCGUCCCGCCACGGCAGUAAAGCAGGUAUAGCUGAGAUGUUUGAGGGGCACCAGGGCCCAGUGACUGGGAUCAGCUGCCAUAACGCUGUGGGCACUGUGGACUUCUCACACCUCUUCAUCACGUCCUCCUUUGACUGGACUGUAAAACUGUGGUCCAUCAAGCACAACAAGCCAUUGUACUCCUUUGAGGAUAAUGCAGACUAUGUCUAUGAUGUCAGUUGGUCCCCUGUGCAUCCGGCUCUCUUUGCCUCCGUGGAUGGGAUGGGUCGUUUGGACCUGUGGAACCUCAACAAUGACACUGAGGUGCCCACAGCGAGUGUGACGAUCGAGGGGGCGUGUGCUCUGAACCGUGUGAGAUGGGCGUCGGGAGGCAGAGAGGUUGCCGUGGGUGACUCGGAGGGACGUGUCUGGAUCUACGAUGUGGGAGAGCUGGCAGUGCCACACCCUGAGGACUGGAGCCACUUAGCCCGCACCCUAGUUGAGAUCCGUGCCAACCGCGGGGAUGGAGAGGAGGAAGGGGCCGUGGAGCUGCCAGUUUGAAACCUUCUCACCCUCUCAUCAAUGGAUGCAACGUUUCAGGACUGACAGCCUGAUAACAGACAUUUACGGACAACAAACCAUCAUUUACUGACGUAACAACAGCAGCAGCAUGCUUCAGUGAGAUCCAAGUCAUUGGGAUUAGACUGACUCCAAGCUUAUGCUCCAUAGAUCAAAGUAUGAAAUGCCGAUUUGCCCGGGGCAACAACUAUUCUUACCAGGGUUAUUUAUCUGUUAUUGGUUCAUUAAACAGUUGAUAUGUAUAUACUUGAUAUCAGAAUCAUAUGGCUUGCAAUGAUAAUGUGCUUAUGGGUCUAACGUGGGUCUCAAUGUUGGAGUGAGCUAGAUAUGAUCCUUAUAUUCUACUCACGAGGUUUGAUUAUCAGAUUCCUGUGAUCUGUUCAUGUUCUUCUUUCUUCAAGGUUAUAAAAGCUGCACGAAUAACAAGUUGGAUCAUUGUUUUCUCAAGAUAUCCAAGUGAACCUUUAAUAAUGUUUUUAAGUAGCUUUUGGGCUUUUCAGUGCAUUAAGCAUGAUAAUUAUUACAUUUUGGUUGCUGUUAAACAAUUUUGUUUUGUUCUAAGAAAUAAGUCUAAAAAUGUAUGGCUUUUUGCUGUAAGGACAACAAUUGACAAUAAAAAUAUGGAUAAAUACUGAGGGGGAUGUAUGCCACAAAUCUCCCAGACCAGGCUAUAUGGGC